UUUGUCAUCGCGGAGUACGGACUCCGUGGAUAUCAUCUAUCAGCAAUGUCAGACAAUUUCUAAUAUCAUUAUUCAUAAUUCUAAUUAUUAGAAUACUUUUAACUUUUGACUUUUCAAACUUCUAAAAUUAAAAGUUAAUGCUAAUUUAAUAAAUUUUGAUUAUUAAGUACGCAUAUAAUUUAUUGUUUUAAAUUAUUUCGAUAAAACGAUACAUAUACACCUUAUAUAAAUUAUAAAUUAUAAAUUCUAUCUAACCAUGUCUGAAGAUUUUGUUACAUUUAAAAUUCGCUGUGAAAAAGCUUUAUUUGAACUGAAAAUAAAAUCUCCUAAAGAUAUAUCUGGAUUUGUUAAAAAACUGAAAAAUAAAUUAAAAUUGGAUGAAUCGGAUGAUUUAGUUAUAUUAUGUCCAGUAACUGAUGGAAAUAUGAUGGAAAUACAAUCAGAUGAUGAUAUUGAAUUUUUAAAGAAUACCAAAUUAACCUAUAAUGCUGUAAACAAAGACUUUUAUUGCAAUGUAGAACUUGUGGUAAUUAUUAUUCAUAAACUGCCAGAUGAUCCAAAAGUUAAAUUUAAAGUUUUAUCAAAUAAAUUGAAACUGUUAGCAUCUCAAGUUGAUGAAUUAUCAAAUGUUUUUAACAAAAUAAUUCAUGAAAAUGAAUCUAGUGUUAUUUCAACUAUAUUUAGGUCGAUUUUGGCAGAGAACUCAGAGAUAGAUUUGGGAAACAAAUCAAUGAAAAAAUGUUCAGGCAAACCAAGCGGGUUUAACUUAUCAAACUUAGAAACAAACAUUGGACAAAAAAAAACAAAGAAGGACGAUGAAAAGUUGUCAUCAUCGGGCACUAGUAAUAUCUCAUCCACCUUGUUUUAAAACUUUGGAAGAUUGGAUUUAGAUAUAUACAGCCUGUCUUAUACCUGAAGAUACUAAUAUUUCAUUCAAAAUUUUAUUAGCAUAAAGACAUACCAACACUAUACAGACUAUUAUAGUACUGAAGAGAUUUAACAAGAAUUAUAACAAUUAUGAAACAGCCUUUAGCUAAUAAAAAUCACAUGAUAAAUAAAAUCAAUUACCUACUA